ACUGGUCAUAAUCAUAUAGAUGACACCGUUUUCUUACCCUUGCAGGGAACGCCAGGAAGUUAUGGGGAUACUACAUUCCUUGGCUGCUCAUCACUCUCACUCUUGUUAUCAUGGACCUGACCCUCUCUGUUUUCUUCAUUGAGGAUAUUGCAGACUCAGAUAACAGUAAUUACAACAGUGCUCUGGCCUGGAUAAUGUGUCUGUACUUUCGACUGUUCUUCUUCUGGAUUUUGAACUUGGAGGAAUUUGCCACUGGCUGCAAUGCCUUCUGCAAGUCUUAUCAUAAGAGGACCAAACAAGCCCGUCUAAAAGCGAAGCAAGAAAAAAAGAUGGCUGUGGAAGUGGAAAAAGCAGCGGCAGCAGCAGACGAGGCAGCACGUGCAGAAAUGAGAGAAUGGCAGGAGGCAGAGCGGCAGAGACAGGAGCAAGAAGCAGAACAUCAGAGACAACAGCAACAGGAAGAGAGACAGAGACAACAGCAACAGGAAGAGAGACAGAGACAACAGCAGCAGUUUGAGGCUCUAGGAGUGGAUAAUGAUGCUUAUGAGGAGACUACUCUGGCCUCACAGACUAAAGAGCGGCCCCCGGUAGCCAAAAAGCCAUCAGUACCCCCAGAGCUUCGUCCCUUUAAUUACCUCAACCCUUUUUUCCGACCCACUGAUCAACACGACAUAGAAGGCAUGAAGGCCAACCCUGCCUUUGAAGAGCCUCUGAUGAAUUUAAAAAGGAAUUCAAGUCACAUCUCUAAUCAGGAGGAUUACUUUCCUUUUGAUGGUUACAUAAAACUCACUGACACUGUACCAGUGGCACCUGACCCAUUAACUCGAAGGCACGGCUCCAUGAGGAAUUUAAACAGCCAGCCACCACAGCAUCACGUGAAGAGAUCCUUCUCAACCAAAGGUCCACAUGAUGAUUAUCCACGCAACAACUCAAGCUCCAAAUACACAGGUGCUUGGGACACGAAUACUGGACCCAGCAACAAUCUUGUUGGAUUACCUCGCAUCCACUUGGCAGAGAGUAAAGCUGUUUUGCGGCCUCCCAGAGAUGCUGAUUUUCUGACCCACCAAGAACAACAUCUUUUGCCACCACAUCAACCAAGCUCUUCUCAUCCUUCAAGUCAACCAAGACCCUAUGUCCCACCACAUGAUCAAGAGGCACACUACUCACCAAUGGAUCGAGAUAGACACUAUUUCCCACCACCAAGUCAAGAGAGAGACUAUUUUCAAAUGGAAAGUCAAGAGAGAGAGUAUUCACCCCAGAGAGCCAACAUGGCACCACCACCAGCAGCCUCAAGGAAACAUCAUCCUCAAGAUAUCUCUCAAACAACUUAUUAUAUUUAAUUAUGUUAUUAUUGUGAUUAUAUAUUAUAAUAGAAAAUGUGAACAGAGAUCAUGUAUACUUUACUGUAUUCUAUUAAUUAUUUAAAGCUAUAGGUAUAGUACUAAGAUGGUGUAAUAUUUAUUGUUAAUAUGGUGUGAAAUGAGGUAAGCUGAUCUAUUUUUGUUUCAAAGUUUAAAUUAACUAUGACAAUAUAUAUUUUAGUACUAUAAACCAACAGAGCCAUUGUGUGUACUAAAUUAUUAUAAUCAAAACCAAGCACUAAACCCACUAGAGUCAUACAGUUGUGUGUACUAAAAAUGACUUCUUUAAGACCUCUUAUUAUUUACUAUUACAUACUUCCAUUGUAAUUUUAAAAUAAUGGUUGUUAUUAUUCUUUCUUUCUUUCAACACACCGGCCGUAUCCCACCGAGGCGGGGUGGCCCAAAAGGAAAAACGAAAGUUUCUCCUUUCAAAUUUAGUAAUAUAUACAGGAGAAGGGGUUACUAGCCCCUUGCUCCUGGCAUUUUAGUCGCCUCUUACAACAUGCAUGGCUUACGGAGGAAGAAUUCUGUUCCACUUCCCCAUGGAGAUAAGAGGAAAUAAACAAGAACAAGAACUAGAAAGAAAAUAGAAGAAAACUCAAAGGGGUGUGUAUAUAUAUAUAUAUAUGCUUGUACAUGUAUGUGUAGUGUGACCUAAGUGUAAGUAGAAGUAGCAAGACGUACCUGAAAUCUUGCAUGUUCAUGAGACAGAAAAAAGGACACCAGCAAUCCUAUCAUGUAAAACAAUUACAGGCUUUCGUUUUACACUCACUUGGCAGGACGGUAGUACCUCCCUGGGCGGUUGCUGUCUACCAACCUACUACCUAGAGGUGGUUAUUAUUAUUAUUAUUAUAAUAAUAAUCAAAACUAAGCACUAAACCCACAGGGACUAAAAAAAAUGGUUCUGUAUUCCUAUACUAACAAAGAAUAUCAAUAACUAUAAUUAAAGUAUUUUCUAGAUUUCACAGUAUAUCGUAUACAUUAUAUAUUUAUUAUUGUUAUUCACCAUUAGUGCUAAAACAAUCACUGGUGAAUCACUUGUAAGAUUGGAAAUCUACAAUUUCUUUUUAUUUGGGAUAUUAUGAUUAAUGCAGAUUAAUAAUUCAUUACAAGUGUUCAGUACUGUGCUUAUGGGUGUUGUAUUAAUUAAUAACUUGUGCAACUUUAAGAUACACUUUGAAAAAUAAUUUUGAAAGUUAUUUUAAAAGCAAUUCAGUAGUUUGAAUUGUUCACAUUUCAUGUUUCUAGUCCUUAAUAAAAUUAAAAUAUUGUAAUAUAUACUGUAAUACAAUUAUUAUGUCUAUAUUUAAUAUAUAAGUAACCGUGAACAAACCAUUCCAUAAUGAACAGAAAAUAAAACUAAGGAACAUAAAA